AUGCAAGUGGUGAAGGCACGACUCCAGCGCUGGGUGAAGGCCACGGGAAUCCUUGGAGAGCUUCAGAUUGGUUUCCGGCAGGGACGUCGCAUAGAGGACAUUCUCUUUGUCAUCACGCAAAGCAUUGAGCUGGCGCUCCAGGCCGGGGACCCAUUGUAUGUGGCUUUCCUGGACAUAGCUAAGGCCUAUGAUUGUGUGGACCGAGAGAUCCUCUGGAAGAUACUGGCAGAGAUGGGCCUGGCUGACGAAGAUCGCGUACUGCUUCAGGCAAUCUACAGCGAUGUGGUGGCAGAGGUGGAGUGGGAUGGCCUUAAGACUGCACAGGUAGAAAUGCCUUGA